AUGCGCGCCGGGGAAGAGUACUCGGAGUUGGCGGAGCUGGGGGGCGGGCCGUACGGCCGCACCUGGGGUCGCACCCCGGGGGGCAGCAGGGGCCGGAUGCCCGCCGCGGCGGCCGAGGCGGAAGACGUGCUGGGGCCCAACAGUAGCCCCAGGAGCCACUCGAGGAGUCGCUCGGGACUCUAUUACUCGCCCCCGGGUACUUCGUACACCAUCGUGGAGAGGCCCUCCUCCGUCAUGCACCACCACUCCCCCAGAGAGUACGCCAACACCACUUCGCACUAUAAUUCGUUGAGCAGUCCAAGAGGCACCUAUUUGGGCUCGAAUCCAAACUUCAGCACCACCAGAACCCCAUCCUCCACGAACAACAAGAAGCGCCCAAUAUCUCCCGAACAAGUUCUCCGACUCUUUGGCACCAACAACCCCUCCUCCACCGCCAAAACGAACGUGGAGAGACCACGACGUUCACCGGCGAGUAGCCCUCCUUCCACUACCCACCAGGUCAACUAUCGUCCUCCAUAUGUACCCAGCAUCCAUGAAUUGGCUACCAGGACGGUCACGAUGGUUAGGGAGCCCCAGGAUGGCACUCACGGGUUCGGGAUAUGCGUGAAGGGAGGUAAAGAAGCAGGGGUGGGGGUGUACAUUUCCAGAGUGGAAGAAGGCAGCGUUGCAGAACGAUCAGGACUGAGACCGGGGGAUUCUAUUCUUGAGGUAAAUGGGACGCCAUUUACUGGAAUAUCCCAUGAAGAAGCUCUAAAGAUGUUAAAAUCAUGUAGGAAGUUGAGCAUGACUGUGCGAUCACCGACUUUACCAACUGGAGGAGUAAUGGGUGGGGGUGCUCCUUGGCAGAUGCGCCAGACUUGUUCAUGGAUGGAUCGGCAUGGCAGGCCCGUGUCGCCGCCCCUGGAAUACAGCAGAAGUGGAUUGGUACCACCCCAAAGAUACGGUUAUGGUAGAUCGUCGAGUAAGGACAGGAGUAUACGGAGGGUCGACCUCUGCAUAGAACCGGGUCAGAGUCUAGGACUAAUGAUCCGGGGCGGCGUGGAAUACAACCUGGGUAUUUUCAUCACAGGAGUAGAUAAAGAUUCUGUGGCGGACAGAGCCGGCCUGAUGGUUGGUGAUCAAAUUCUGGAAGUAAACGGACAGUCUUUCAUGGAUGUAACCCACGACGAAGCCGUUGCGCAGCUGAAGUACCACAAGAGGAUGUCGCUGAUGGUGAGAGAUGUAGGGAAGGUGCCACACUCGUGCACUGCCUACGGCUGGGACCUCUGCAGUCCUGGAAGCCGAGCUGCACACACCACCAGGAAGUGGGCCGCCGCCCUGCAGAUGGUGGAGGAGAAAGCGAGGUGCCUGUUGAGUAGGCCGGAGUUCACCACCCUCUGCUAUUACACGGAUGAGUACGCGGCCAGACACAUGACCAUAGAUGCCUUUGUACAAGUCAUGACUGAACUUCUUAACACUCCAGAUAAGUAUACUCUUAUGACCGAAUUAAGAGAAAUAGUAGCCGUCGAAGAUCGCGUUAGAUUCGAUGAAUUAGUUUAUAGAAGAGAUGUCGAUUCCACGAGAACUCGGGAUCCAAGAGAACAUGAUUACAGGCAUUCCAGGAGAAAAGGAAUACCAAUCCCAGAUGCCAAUCAUUCGAUAUAUACCGGAUAUCACGAGGACCACGGUUCUGGUGAAGGUCCACCACCAGGGGUGAACGUUUAUAAUGAGGAUGACUAUCGUUCACCCAGCGAAGAUUCAGGUCUGGGAAUGGGUAUUUCUGAUAGAACUCCAAGAACUCGCCCACCAAGUGCCACAGGAAAAAUAGUAACAGGUUAUAAUGACGAAGAUCACCAAACCCAGGAAUACGUGAGUGGAGACGAGGAGAAUCCUGCAGAGACGAGGAGCAGGCGGCACUCCAGUCCUGGGGAAUCGAGGUCUGGGAGCACAACGGCUUUGCACCAACAGGAUUACCCGGAUUCGGUAAGUAGCGGGUACCUCGGCGGCCUCCGGUCGAGCUUGGGAGGGUGGACGCAGAAAGUCAAGUCUUGGUACUGGGGCAGACCUCUU